GACUUUAGUUUUGAUUUGAAGUUGAGGUUAUUGGUUGUAUUUUGCAUCGUUUAAAAUACGAUAGCCUUUUAUAACUCUUAUUUAUUUAUUAAACUUUAAUAAAUUCAGAAGAUGACGACUAACGGAGUUAUUAACAAUGCGGUAAAAACAUUAAACAAUAUCUUCUGUAUACAGCAGCAUGGUUGUGGAACCUCAUGUAAAAUAGUUAAAUGUUGGAAGUGGGAUAUAGCACAAAUAACUUCACCGCAAACAAGAAGAUAUAUAAAAUAUGCUGUACUUAUAUUAAACAGACCUAUUCUGCAGAGUAAUGAGUUUAUAAAAGAUUUUUGGAAUAAUGCCACAGUUAGAAUAACUAUUGAUGGUGGCACAAAACAGUGGGACAGAUAUCUGAGUAACAUGCCUGAAGGGUCACAGAAAGCAAUGAAGAUACCAGAUCUUGUAACUGGAGAUUUUGAUUCCAUAACGGAAGAUGUCAUGCAGAAAUACAAAAAGAAAGGUUGUAAGAUAGUACACACUCCAGAUCAAAAUCAUACAGACUUUACAAAAGCUUUGAUGGAAUUACACAAAUAUUGUCAAGAAAAUAAAAUACAGAUGGACAAUGUUAUAGCAAUAGGACAAAGUUCAGGCCGACUCGAUCAAAUAUUAGGAAAUAUUCAAACAUUAUUCUUAGCUAAAGAGAAGCAACUAUUAAACCCAAACACUAAGUUGUUCCUAAUGUCAGAUGAUGCUAUAUCAUGGCUCCUGCAACCAGGUGACCAUGUUGUUUCUAUCCCUGAUGACACAAGGAAGCACAAGAGAGCAUGGUGUUCAUUGGUUCCUAUUGGGGAGACUUGUCAAAGUGUGACCUCUAGUGGACUUAAAUGGAAUUUAAAUGAUCAACCUCUGAAAUAUGGUGAAAUAGUAAGCACAUCGAACACAUUCGACGGAUCGGAGAAGGUGAUGAUCAAAUGCAGCAACACAUUGCUCUGGUCAAUGCGAGUUCCGUGCUUAUUAGGUCAAUAAAAAAAUCGGAAAUAUGCCGCACAGUGCAGCGAAUUUAGAGAUAUGCAUUCUACUAAGUAGAGUGUCACAUGUAAUACUGUACAACAUUCGAAGUGGUUUUUUACUUCUUAUUUGAAUUGGUGGGUAAGCUAUUGUGCCUACAAAAAAAUAUGUUUCCGUGUAGGUACUUAGUAAAAUAGGAAUUUUGUUUAGUUUCUCUUUAUGUAGCGAACAAUAUGCAGGUGCUAUGUGUUUUAGAGCUGAUUUUUCAAUUAUCAGAUUUUUUAUUAGACGAAAGUAUUUAAUAAUUUGACAGGUUCUCUGCGAAAAUUGAUUAUAAAAAUUGCACUGAAUUGACUACUAGAAUUUAUCUGUUGUUUUAAAAUGAGCUCUAAAAUAUUAUAAAGAAUGAUACGUAAAACUGCCUUAAAGGCAAAAUGUAUUGGUGAAUUGUAAUAUUUAUAUUUUUUUAAGACCCGAAUAGUCACAUUGGAAAUUCGUUGAUUAAAAGUAGAACAGAUACACUCAUGUUAAUAUUUUUUUAAAAAUUAAUUAAUAUUUUGGAAAUUGAUGUAAACUAUUUUUAGUAUCUACGUUGUAGGCAGAUCACAAUAGGGAUCACAGAUCAUAAUAUUUGUCUAUGAUUGAUUUUGUUCAUUAUGCUAUUCGCAUCAGCAUAAAGCCCAUUUGUGGACAUAGCAAAGAAAAUUGUCUAAGUAAUAAGACAGCAAUUCACAGUUAAAAUAUUGUGAUGCGCAGGAUUGGUCCUGUAGGGGGAUGUCGCGGGACCCCUUACUUCUUACUUCUACUUUCUUACUUGCGGAUCAAAAUUCCCGAUGACGUGACGUCACGUGAAUAAAUUGUGGUUCUGUUCUGUUUCUCGACACCCUUUCUUCUACAUUUCAAACGCUGAUUACUAGAUUUUUUUUUACUGGAUUUAAUAUUAUUUUCCGUAUUAAGAUUUUUCAUAUCAAUAUUUAACGUAAAUUUUAGAUAAUAGUGAAAAUCAAAAACGAUUCAAAUACCUUGUUGACCUCAAAAACCCUAUGUAUGCAGUGUAUAAUAUAUCCACACGCAACUAUAAACUAUGAAAUUUGUUCCUAACAACGGAAGUAGUUUGACACGAUCUAAUUAAUUUUGAAAAAUAUAAGGAACUUGUUUUCAUUCCAGAUUCUUACAAAUAUAUUACCUCUUCAAAACAAGUUCUUGAUCACCGUUUUUUUAGUAUAAUCAAGAUUAUUCGAUGUAAUAAAAAAUUACAUUCAAGUUGUUACACGGUACUUUCUAAGUUAUACAGGAUGGUGUCAGAAUGAAAAGGGAAAAAAUAUUAGUUUAGACUGUUUGUGGUGCUUAUAAUAAAUUAAGAGUUGAGAUUAAAAAAUAGCAAUACACAUAGAAUGUUUAGCAGCCUCAUAAUACAUAAUUUUCCCGGUACUAUAGUAAAUUUUAAGUGUUAUAAAAGUAAAUUAAAACUAGCUCAAUCUACGACAUACAAUUUAAUAAUGUUUAAAAAUCACUGAAAUUAAAAAAAUCACAUUCAAAUCUUUUUUUAUACUUCUUAUCUAUGAGUGAAGUUUGAAUACUUAGUCCAAUAUUUUUGUAUCGUCAUGUCGAUAAUUAAUAAAUUUCAAUCAGUUAUAAUUAGCAAUAACACCAUCCCAAAUGGGACUUAAAUGGGAGAAACAUUUAUUGUGUAUUCUAGUAAUAUAUUGUGGUCUCAAUAUAAUUCCUUGUUGAUCCAUAUUAGACACUUGCAAAUAUCAUUGGUUUAUUUUUUUAUUUUUGUUUAAUUUUUGUAAUAUUUUUGAAUGUUUAAUUACGUUUUAUUUUUGUAAUACUAAUGCAAAUGUUACAUUAUUAUUAUCUAGUUAAUUUUAAUAUCAUUUAUGUUUUUAUUGUUUACAUGGCAUUGAAUACUUAUAUUGACAUCGGAUUGUCACUUCGAGUAAACAAUUUUUGAUAUGUUAUGAAGUAUGUUUGUAAUUUUAGUUGAAUUAAAUUCUUGUUAUAAAUGUUAUUGUAGACUGAUAGAUCGGGAUAUGCUAUAGAAUGUACUUAUUAGAUUAUAGAAAUGUAUUUAGAAUAAAUAGAUAUGUUCCUGUU